AUGCCCUCUUUCAAUAUUGUUGACGAAACGAAACGAGUGCCACAGAGACUCUCUCGAGAACGAUCGAAUCGAAUCAAACGAUACGGUCCAUUACCAUCCAACACAUCGUGUGCUUGUGUGUACAAGACUGGAAUUCGUAGAGUCAGACGAGAAAUUAACACAAAUAACUUUUUACAGAAUUACUUUGAACAGAGAUUUGGUGAUGACUUUUUAAGAUAUGAAUGUGGUGAUACGAAUAUCAAUGUUAAUAAUACGAGGUCGGCGUCAUCCUCGAUCGUUGCACCACAUGUACAUGGCGAUACAGCUUCUGUACAUAACAUCAAUGGCAACACUUCAAAGAACAAGUCAGUAACAGCUUCAUCAUCGUCGUUGACAACAACUGUUGCUGCAGCACAAAAUUUCACACAAGUCUUACACUCCACCUUUCCAUUUCCAAAUUCGGUAGAGUCUCACAGAACGCCUUCGAAGGACGCAAUGUCAUCUUCUUCAUCCGCCAAUUUUUCCAAUAGGAGCAUUACCAACAUGACGAAACCAAAGAGCAAGAAGAAGAAUGUUGGAUCCAAGAAACAAGGCAAGAUGAACUCUUCACAUCUUUCUCUGAAGAUGAAUGAAACAACCUCCAUUGUUUCUACUUCUCAAUCUAUGGAACUCUUGUCCCCUCUUCAAGAAGACAUUUCAUCCUUGUGCCCCGAUAAGCGAUCGACAGCUAGCAGUAUCGUUUCACCCAGUGGACAAGUUUUCACACCUCCAUCUAUGAAUCACACCAUUGUAGAGUCGAUCGAAUUUGAAUCCAUGAACAAUCGUGAUCACUCGAGCAACAGGGAAAUGACAACAAAUUCAUCCAUGGUGGCACCACAACCAUUGACAUUUCAAACCAAGAUGACAGCAGAGACGAACUUAUUCACACCACAUGUUGUUGCUGCAACUGUUGAUCCACACCACCACCACACGGCAUCGACAUCCAUGAUGUAUGUCUCUCCUCUAACCUCUUCUAAUACUUGUCUAACUUCUUCUACUGGUCCAACAGUUCCUUCAACCUUUCACACACCAUGCAAUGUGGCAACAACGACUCCAAACAGUUUAAAAUCCAAAUUAUCGAUGGUGCCGUGUACAACUCCAAACGAUCAACAACAGUAUUACUCGAGAUGUUUGCCAUCCGUAAAUCCAUCCACAAACCAGGAAGCACUCUCAUUGAUCCAUGAAUCACAGGAUUCCUCCUGCAAGGCCACUAUCGUUUGUGAAGGUGGGAGUGUUCACAUUCAAUGGGGGGAUCAAUUCUUCCGCACUCUUUUUGACUUACUAAACAAGCAACAGUAA